CAGAAAGGCCCCGUCCCCAGCUGGAGGAGGAGGCAGCGGGAAAGCUCCGUCCGCGCUCUCCUGCCGUCGAGGGAGCCGGUCUGGGCUGCUCCUGGCCAUGAGUCGCUUUCUGUGGGGCUGGGCCUGGGCGGCGCGGCUGGGGGCGCUGCUCCUCUUGGCCAGGGCGGCAGAGGAGGGGGGCCCUCCAGCCCAUUUCCUGUUCCAAGUGAGGGAAGAGUGUUUCUUCCCCAACGGGACGGGCCCCGGGGCGGAGGGGCGCCUCCUGUUCCGCGCCAUCUACAACCGGCAGGACCUCUACCACUUCGACAGCGCCCUGGGCCGGUACGUGACCCUCGCGCCCAUGAUCCAGUCCAACGUGGACAGGUUCAACCGGGACCCGGACGCGCUGCGGGCCGCGAAGGCCGAGGUGGACCGCUUCUGCCGCCACAACUACGGCCUCAUCCAGCCCUUCGCCCUCGGCAGGAAAAUUCCACCCAAGAUGAAGAUCACCCCCACCAACUCCGGGGCCUUCUCCUCCUCCCGUAACACCAUGCUGAUCUGUACGGUGGACCACUUUUUCCCAGUCAAGAUCACAGUCCGGUGGCUCAGGAACGGGAAGGAAGAAGAGGAAGUCAUGACCACACCAGUCAUGGACAACGGAGACUGGACCUAUCGGAUCCUGGUGAUGCUGGAGACUCAGCCGGAGAAGGGAGACGUCUACACCUGCCAAGUGGAGCACGCUAGCUCUGCCAGCCCUGUCUCUGUGGAGUGGAAGCCCCAGUCGGAUGCCGCCAAGAGCAAGAUGUGGACUGGGAUCGUGGGCCUGGUCCUGGGGGUGGUCUUUGUAGCUGCGGGGUUCUCCCUCUACGUCAAGAAAGGCUGUGCUGUGCCCCCUCCCACAGUGGGACUCAUGGAGUAGAGAUCCUCCUCCUCCUGCAAAGAGAGCGCCUUCCUUCCUUCCUCCGCCGCCAACCUCAGAAGAGCUUCUCCCCUCGGGACCCCACUCGACCCUCCUUCGGCAAAAGGAACUGCAAAUCCACCUCUUUCUGCAACCCAGCCCUCAUCUCCAUGUCUCUCCCUGCGCCUCAAUCCAUCAAUAAAGAGAUACUUUCCACUC